AUGCCGUGUUGUGUUGAUGAACAGGGCACCGGGAACAUGGCAUUUGGGUGGAUGGUACCUCCCCACAUCACACGCACUAGCGUCCUCGCGGCUACCGGCCAUCCUAGGGCCAGUUGCCAGGCCCAUUGGUGGAGCGAGCUGAGGUGUGGUGGGGGUGGGAGUGGACGUGUGGAUGAGUGGGGGUGGUGGUGUGUUCCCCGGAAAAAUUGCAAGCCCUCAUCGCCCAGUUGCCUAGUCAACGUGGCCAGGGCUGCCCGCCUCCUGGCCGAGGGACAGAUCGGAUCGGCCCAAGGCCGGCAGUCGCGAAACCCGACGACUGAUGGUACCGUCGGCCGAGUGGGGCGUGGAGCAGCCCUCCUCCUCGGGCAAUUGGGGUUGGUUAGUCGGGCUGGUCAGCGAGAUGCUGCCAUAGACACCGAAAGCUCAAGAAAGAGACUAAUGAUUGUGUGCAUGAAAGACGUAUUCGCU